AUGAAAUUUUUUACUUUUUUCAAUCUCUUGAUAACGAUUUCUGCCAGCCCUCUUCCGACCAAUCUACAGCAGCCGAAAGAUUCGAGCUGUGAUCUACUCGAUCAAGUAUGGGAAUCAAAAGGAGCACAAAUACCUCAACCACACAAAUUGUGCAAUUCGCUCCAUUCCGAUUUCCCUUGGUUGGAAAAAAGAAUCCGGCGAAAAAUAAGCAAAGCCUGCGACUAUUUACGAAAAAGCAGAUGUUCUGAAGAAUAUACAGUUGAACUUUUAGCCAUCAAAAAAGGACGGCGAAGAGGCUUCAAAUGCAUAUGCGACGAAGGCCACAGAGGACACAAAUGUGAGAAACUUAAAGACUGA